UUAUGCCUUUCCCACAACUAGUCCAGCAGACCAUUAGUUUGACUUUGUCUCAAGAAAAUAAAAGAUAAAGUUCUAUGGUUCCUUGGCCUAUAGAAAAAUUAUGAAGUUCUCACACAGACAUUUGAGGAUCUUCACAAAAUAGUCUUAAGGGGUUUUCAGCUGACACCUUUGGCUCCAAUUCCAUUAGGCUUUUCUCAGUAUCCUCUUGAAAGGCCUGGCCUUCAUGAGCAAGCAUUACCUCCAGGCUUAUCACAAAGGCUUCCCAUGAGAAGCUUAACAGAGUAUCACUUUUCUGACACAUCUAGCACAACUUGGAUCUGUAGUUUCCAUUGGGCUAUUCAGGCCAAGGUUCCUGCCUCAUGAGAUAUAGUUGUUUACAAGCAGGCAUUGUGUCUGCUUAAGGGCAGAGUAGGGGGGAGGGGGACUAUUAAUUUAAUAAAAAGAGAAGAAAAACUCAGUAGUGGAGACACAGUCAUUUGUAUUACCCCAUCCUUGUGGGUUUUCCUAUGUUGCCUCAGACAUGAAGACGUGGCUCUUAUCACAAUUUAUGCCUUGUAGAUUGGGUCUUAUUGCAUUCUGCUUAUCUAAAUAUGCUUACCUGAAUAAGAACAUACCCUGAAAUUUUUAUUAGAUUUUAGUGACUAUUGUCUAACUCCACAGAGAGACAGACCAAGAAAACUGUGUUACUUCCCUCACACAUAUAAGUAAUUUUCAAUAAAAAUUGGGAUAGGAAUGAUUUAUUUUCUUCACCACUUAGAAGCCACCUAUAUAGAUGACCACUCAGACGAGAUGAGGUAAGUUUUCCGCUAAAGGUUACUUUUUGAAUUUACAAUGAAAAGUGGAAGUUGAGUUUCUCUCCUUGACUUCGGCUGAAAAUCGAAGGCUUUCUCGAAUAGUUUUGGCAUGAAAGGUCAUGUAUCAUGAAAAGAUAAAAAGACAUGUGAAAUCUGGGUCCCCACGGACCAUCUGGCAGGGGAACCUGGGUGAUUCUGUCCAGAGAAAAUUUGGGGGAUUCAACUUUUGGGGGUCAAACAAACACAAAUUCUCCCUUCCCGGGGCGUUGGUGGCGCCUGAGAGAUGCACCAAUCACAGCGCUCCCUGCCCUAUAUAAGGCGCUGAGGCGCCAGCGGCAUUUUGCACUUGCUGGUUUUUAUGCUUUACCGUUGUCUGCAGUGUUAUGUCCGAGACGGCUCCCGCAGCUUCGACUGUUCCUGUUCCGGGCACUAUGGAGAAGCCGCCAGUCAAAAAGCGAGGGAAAAAACCAGUCGGCUUGACUGGUGCCAGUCGCAAUGUUAGGAAUGCCUCAGUGUCCAAGUUGAUCACUGAUGCUCUGUCCACGUCUGAAGAACGGUCAGGGAUGUCCCUGGCCGCGCUCAAGAAAGCACUGGCAGCUGCCGGCUACGACGUGGAGAGGAAUAAUACCCGCAUCAAGCUGGCUCUGAAGAGCUUGGUGAACAAGGGGAUUCUGGUGCAGACCAGAGGCACUGGUGCCUGUGGCUCCUUCAAACUCGGCAAAAAGGCUGCUCCUGAAACCAAGGGCAAAGCCAAAAAGCCUGGCAAGUCCAAGAAGCUGGUGUUAUCCAGGGAUUCGAGAUCUCAAAAGAACGCCAAGAACAACAAGGGCGUCAAGAAGCCGAAGGCUACACCUAAGAAAACCGCCGGCAGUGGAAGGAAAGGCAAAGGGGCAAAGGGCAUUCAACAGCGGAAGAGUCCGGCCAAGGUGACCGCAGGGAAGCCCAAAGCCGGCAAGCCAAAGCUGGGCCUGCAGAAAGCUACGAAGAAGGCAACGUCGAAGUGAAGAGCUUUAACUAAAACCAGUUUUCAAAGAACCCAAAGGCUCUUUUAAGAGCCACCUAAAUAAUUUUGAGAGGGCUCAACACUUGUCUAGAAGUCGCUGAGCAAGUUGGAGGUUGUGAUGAAGUCAAAGGCUGGUUUCAAGAUGGGCUCAACGGAGAUCUUCAGAGGGCAAAUACUGCGAUUCUUGGGUGUUGCUUAUUUCAUCCCAUGCUGCACAGUUGGGAGUUUAAGGCGGAGCUUGCCAUAUAAAUGUUCACUUCAUUCUAGGAAUAGGUAUCAAAGAGAGAUGUAUGUAAAUCUAGCCAUUGAUUAGUUAUUUCAAUCUUCCCCAGUUUACAAUUAUGUCUUUAUAACUAGGCUUUCCUAGUGUUCAGAGUUAGAAAAGAUCAAAUAUGAAGCCUUGGUGUCUCAGAAUUGGGGAUGGGGGACUUAGCUUUAAGGAAAACUAGCCUCUAGCUGAAAUUUGGGGUCAUUAAAAUG